GAGUGCUUUUAUUGGAUUUAUUUACCUUAGAACUGUUGCUGCUCGCACUGCUCGCAGUUACUCGAGUUUUUGUUAACAUAAAAUGUGUAAAAGUUCUCCACAAAGAAAUACGCGCCGUAAAACGCACAGGACAAUAAGACUUUAUAAGAAAAGCGAACAGUUUUUCUAGUUUCUGUUAUCGUUCGUUAGUUUGCAACCUUGCCUUGCAAAAAUCAUUAAAAAUGUGGUGCCUGAUCAGCCAGCCAAAUUCGGUUGUUUUUGAGGUCCGGGUCGAUCCCAAAUCCAUUGGGCAAGAAUGCCUGGAGAAGGUAUGCGAGUAUUUGGGCAUCUCCAACGAAUCUGACUAUUUCGGCCUCAAAUACGAAAACAAUAAGGGGGAGGAAUUGUGGCUGAAUUUGCGGAAUCCAAUAGACAGGCAAGUCCACUGCCAUGGACCAACGAAUCCAUUGAGACUGGCUCUCAGAGUGAAAUUUUGGGUGCCCCCACAUUUAUUACUGCAAGAAACGACUAGACACCAGUUCUACCUACACUCGAAGGUAGACCUACUGAAGAAACGCCUUCUACCCAAGGACUGGGAAGGGGUUUCCAAACUCAUCGCUCUCAUAGCCCAAGCUGAAUCCGGAGACUACAGGCCUCUGCACCCCCCGCACAACCUCUAUGUGCAAGCCUCGUCCAUCUCUCCGGCCACUGAAGAGCCAAAACCGAUGGAUCUUCUCCAGAGGGUCAUCCGCAACCACAAAGACUUCGCCGGCAUGAAACGCUCUACAGCCGAAUACUGGUUGCUCAAGGAGAUAUCCGAGCUAGAGACCUUCGGGGAGGAACUGUUUAGCACCAAAUCGAUAGGGGGCACUACGGUUGGCGUGGGCCCACAUGGCAUCACCGUCUACAAGAAGGACCACCCCAAACAGUUGAUUUCCUUCACUAACAUCCUCUCCGCUUCUUCGCACAGAAGGACGUUCAAACUUGAGUAUGUUUCGAUGGACAACAAGGAAUCCGUUCUGGAGACCAAGCUGGAUUCUAGUCACGUGGCGAGUAGUCUGUACAGGGCUUUGACGGAAAAGCAUGCCUUUUAUAGUUGUGAAACGGUGAGAAGCGCAGUUACCACACAGUUUAUCAGAGAUCUGAAGGGGACCAUCGUUUCCAUUUUUAAUGAAGAUUCCACUUUGGGAAGGAAGUACGUUUUCGAUAUCAGAAGGACCUGCAGGGAAGUGUAUGAUAACGCCAGGAGGGUGCUUUACCAGGAGAAUGGGUUACUGGUACCGAAGAUUGAACAGCCGGACAGCGGACGUGAUGGGGUCAACUGUAAGGACUCCGAGGAAAAGCUCCACAGACUCAUAGAAGCGAUGACUUGCAAAAUUUGCAUGGACAACCAGAUUGACGUGGUAUUUCUUCCCUGCGCCCAUGUCGUAGCUUGCUCCAAGUGUGCUGCAAAAGUUGACAGGUGUCCUGUCUGUCGUUCAGAAUUCAAUCAAGCCCAAAAACUGUACCUCCCGAGCGAGUUCAAUCAACUAUCCGUCUAAUCGGAGUUGUUCGUUACCAUAUUGUGCAAAUGUUGAUUUUUUGCAAAUGUAUGUUGAAGAGAUUCAAGACUAGUUGACGAUACAAUUUUCAUAAAAUUGUUUUUUAAAUUCCGUUUUUGUUCGUUAAAUUUGUGAUGUAGUAUGAUGUGAUUUUGUAUGUUACUUCGUAAUGAUCGAAAUCUCAUAUUGAGAUCGGCUCAGUUAGGAAUGAGGUACGGGAACUGCUUCCCGGACGCGGGUCUAAUGCGAAUUUUUUACGCACUUUGCGAUACAAUAAUAUUAACUCAUUUUAGUCAUUAUCAAUGCAAAAUAAGGUAGGAUCAGAUGUUUAGUUAUUUGUAUAUAGUAUGAGGAAAGUAUGUAUACAAGUAAAUUUAGUAUUACUUAAUGUUGUGAUAAACUGAAAUUUUAUUUUGUGAUAAUUUUGUAUUUAUUAUUUAGAAUCUUAAUUUGAUUUUUUUCUCUUGGAGUAAGAUCGCCGUUUUAAGAGCUUAGGUGAUGUAAUGGCUUCAUUAAAUGAUACAUUAUUCUAGGUGUAGAACUUGAAUGACAAUAGAUGUCUCUGUCUGAACGUUUUCGACUGAUUUACCUUUCCGAGUUUUAUUGGAAACUUACGAAAUCGUUUUUCUGUAAAUUACAUACAUUGACCCCACUUAAAUAAUGUACAAUAACUACCAGUUAUAAUAAAUAUUUUCAUUUAUGAA